GCAAAACACCAUCGAGAAGCACAGCCAGACCAAACAGGCCUCAUCUACUUCUGGACUCUGAGCUCAGCUCUCUCCACCACUCUCCAUCUGCACUGUGAUCAAGCGAGCAAGCAAGUGAAGCAACCAUGCUGCAGCAUUACCAUGGCGAGGUGGCCAGCCUGCACUGCCUCUCACCUCCCAACCCACCGUUCCACAACACUCAUUACCAUCACAGCGGCAUGCUCACCGGCGUGACGCCGCCUCCUCCCUUCCACUUCUCAGCGGCUACGUAUGAGUACGAGUACGACGAACCUAUCCAGGAAGCCUUGACUGUCGUCGGCAACAGCUCGGCUGGCUGCAAUGGCGCCGAUGGCAUCCACGGCGGGGUGGUAGCAGUUGCGGCUGAGCAGGAGCGGAAGCGGCGGAGGAUGGUAUCCAACCGCGAGUCGGCGAGGCGGUCGCGCACGCGCAAGCAGCGGCAGCUGAGCGUGCUGUGGGCGCAGGUCGUCCACCUCCGCGACGCCAACCGCCGCACCCUCGACGAGCUCAACCAGGCACUGAGGAGCUGCGGUGACUUGCGCCGCGACAACGACCGUCUCAGCGGCGAGAAGGCCCAGCUAGAGACCAAGCUCGAGGACCUCACGCAAGCCCACAAGAACAACAACGCCCUCCCGAGCUCGUCUUCAGAACAAUACCAAAAUACUACUGCUGCUGAAUGAAUCAUACUUAUAUUAUCUUAAACGUGAUCGUCGCAGAGCAUGAAAUCCCGGCGACUACAAUUAUA